AUGUCUCUUAUUUUUGCUUUUAAGGAAUCACUGUUGCGUCUAUUUCUUGAUGAUCAUGUUCAUAAGAUAUUUACCUGCAUACUUGUAGUUGUCCAUAAAGGAAACACUCUGAAAAUUUUUGAGCCACUCCAUAUUAUAUAUAAUUAUAUCUCCUGCUUCGUCAGGACUGCGCUUUUAUUUGAUGUCAUUGGUUCACCUGUGACACGCCGGGUGGCAAUUUAA